AUGAAACAAAAACCUUUAUAUUCUUCCCGCAAGCAACCCUCUGCAUCCAAAUCCCAGCUGCAUUCAAAUCCCAUCUCGAUCCCCUCCUCAGACCGAGCCUCUGAAACUUCACCUGAACUUUUAUCAUCUGACCAAGAUUCUUCUUCUUCUUCUUCUUCUACUGAUGAAAGUUCUGAUGACGAUAGUGGCCAAUCUGAUGUCGAGUUUGUGCUAGGCAAACGCCCGGCUAAUCGUAAAACCAAACCCAAAACAAAGAGCUCACCAAGCAAACGUCGCAAAAUAAUAACAGAAUCAUCUAGUCAACAAGAAGAACCAAUAGUACUAGAUGACGGUAUUGUUCUUCUCCCAUCUUCAUCACCAAUUGAAUCCAUUCGCUCACCUUCUCCCAUUGCAUCACCUGUCACCAAAGUUCCACGUCUUUCAUCUCGUGUGUUCCCCUUUCUGACCCCAAAACCAACCUCGCUAACUGCACUUGCUCCACCAUUUCAAAACAAGAAAAGAACAAAAAAGCCUCCAGCGAAACCAACACAAACACAUCUCAAUUUUGCCGGACUGCUGCCAUCAACAACCUGUGCAGAAUGUGGUAUGUCCUAUUGCGCUCUCAAUAGCUCAGAUGUUACUGUACACACAAAGUUUCAUGCCAAAUCAACACUAGGUCGCGACUGGACAUCUCCGGAUUGGGGUGCCUUGGUCUGGCGCGAAAGCCCGUUACAUGAUCAAAACAAUAAUUAUAAUACACAGCACAAUACUACCAAUGUUAAUAAUUCUCAAAAUUCAUCAUCCACAUCCCUGCUUGGACCUCCUCGUGACCGCAUCUUAAGAGUUAACGCAUCUUCUAAACUUCCAGAAAAACGAGCUGUCCAAGAUCUCUUACUCUGCGUCAACACAGAGCUUUCAGCACCUCCAGAAAACCAGACUUGGCGUAAAGGCCCAGCUGCUGCUGCCGCUGCUUAUGUUUAUGUUUCUUCGUCGUGUUCUGAUUCAUCUAAAGAUUCUUUUCCUUCAUCUUCUUCCCAGCCUGUCCCUCGCGCAGUUGCAAUUCUUGUGGUAGAACGUAUUUCUCGCGCACAUACACUUGAUCUGACUACGGGCACAAUGACUCCUUAUAAGACUCCAGACCAAUGUCCGGCCCCAGUCAUGGGUGUGGCGCGCAUAUAUACUGCACGAGGGUUUCGAAGAAGAGGGUUUGCAGCUCGGUUACUCGAUGUGGCAGCUGAGGAUUUCAUUUACAGGUACCGUGUCCCCAAAAAAGCUGUUGCAUGGAGUCAGCCUAGUGCCAGUGGCGGGAUGUUGGCUAAAUGUUGGCACGGGGACCAGUCGCCAGGUCCCGACAAAGUCCUAGUGUAUUUAGAAAAUGAUGCUGUCACCAAAAAAUAA